AGUUCAGCGACGCUUUCAGAAACAACGCGCCUUGAAUUCCUCCGAUUGGACGUGCUUCUAUCGAAAGACUUCACAUUCAAAAAAAACGACGGCGUUGCUGCUAUCAACCAUUGCAUCCAACAGGCGACGGAUCAAACUCGGUGUCAAUUUAGUGUUUUGUGUUUGUGUGUUUUAUUUCAUCGUCCGGAGUUCGUCCUUUCCCAAACCAUUCUUUUAUUGGGGUUCCAUUUUCCAGCAGGCUAAAAAAAGGCCAUUUUUGUUUCGUUCAUUUUGUGUCCUGUGGCUGUGAACUGUUGUACGAAGUUUCAUGAUGAGUAUGCCCGAUGUUGUCGACGUUCGAAAUGAAAUUAACAACGAACAUGUAUUAAACGACCGCGACAACAAUGACCAACAUCUUGCGCACGACGUUAACGAUGCACUCGGUUCGCGAAAGGGCCAGGAACUGUUUGAUCAUCGCAUAAAGGCACGGAUGCCCGUAGAACGGUACGCGUCCGAUUACAACAUGAACCACAAACGGCGGGGUUUGGCGCUGAUUUUUAAUCAUGAAAACUUCGACGUACCGCAGCUGAAGGCGCGCGCGGGUACGAACGUCGACUGCGAAAAUUUGACCGCCACGCUCAAGGGCCUCGACUUCGAGGUUCACGUGUAUAAGGAUCUGAAGCUCCGCGAUCUACAAAAGCGUGUAGAAGAAGUUUCCCAGAUGGAUCACAGUGAUGCCGACUGCAUACUGGUGACGAUCUUAUCACACGGUGAGCUCGGCUACCUGUACGCAAAGGACUGCCAGUACAAGCUCGAUGUGGUCUGGUCGUAUUUCACGGCCAACCACUGUCCGACUUUGGCCGGCAAACCGAAGCUGUUUUUCAUACAGGCCUGCCAGGGCGACCAGCUGGACGGUGGUGUGCUGCUCGCGUCCAAGGAUCGCACCGAAACGGACAGCUCGUCCUCGAUGACGUUCAAAAUACCGACGCAUGCGGAUUUCCUGAUCGCGUACAGCACAAUACCCGGGUUCUACUCGUGGCGCAACACACAGAAGGGUUCGUGGUUCAUGCAGUCGCUAUGCCACGAGCUUGCCCAGCACGGUCGAAAGUACGAUCUGCUCACGCUGCUCACCUUCGUAACGCAGCGCGUCGCGUACGAUUUCGAGUCGAACACGCCGGACAUUCCGAUGAUGCACCAGCAGAAGCAGAUCCCGUGCACGACUACCAUGCUGACCCGUUUGCUGCGCUUUGGCGAGAAGAAAGGGUAUUAAAGCAAUGAUAUCAUCCGCUAGUGGGGCUGAUACAUGAGCCCGGAAUAUCAAACGGGAUACGUUUUAUCGCGCCUGUCGCGUGGAAAAUACGUGGACGAGCAAAGAACACGAAGAUAGACUAAACGAUGUAUUUGAUUUUAUGAUUUCUUUGUCGUCUGUAUAAAUUUCAAGUAUUACAUUAUUCCAUUCCCGGCAGUUCAGGCAUGCAGGAAAAGAAAUGCGCAUCAGCAGCAUUUACGAAACGAAAUGCCUUCGAACGUUGAAAAUCGAAAAAAAAUUAAUUAGAUUAUGUUGAAAUCGUUUAUGUGUCCCAAUUCUUGAUGCGCCUCACAUCUCAUUGGGAUGUUGCCAUUUAAAUUUAAUGUUGGUGCAACUUGCCCGUAGUUGCUAUGAUUUUCUCGUAAUUUUAAUCAAUCCACGACUAAUGGCCUUUCAAAAGCAAGAUGAUUCUCAUAAGACAAACAAACAAAACUUAAGAAUCAAAGAUUUCAUGCACAAGCAUCUACCUACUUUCGAUAUACACAAAUAUAUUCUUCUCGAAUAAAACAAACAUGUUAGCGGCACUUCGCAUAACGCGCAUUGCCCCGAGGCCUCAAUGCAUGUUUGUAAAGCUAAUAUUUCUUUACAAAUUGUGUUAGUUAAAGUCCCAAUCCAUGUAGUAUAUAAGUUUGGAAACAAGAAUCCAAUAAAAUCGUUCGGAACACGCGCGAUGUGAUAAUUAUCAUUGAGACAAUUUGACAAAAAAAAAACACAC